GUUACCGUUCCGAUAAUUUUGCAUUUGCCCAUUUAUUACACAGCUCGACCAGUAAAUCUGUAAAAGCUGCUUACACAACAAUCGAUGGAGUGCAAUAAAGGAGAGGCCUUUAGGGCCAUGAGAAUGGCCGAAAAGAAGAUGGAAAACAAGGACUAUUUGAGGGCUCGGAAGAUUGCAAAUCAGGCCCAGAAACUAUAUCCUGAAUUGGAAAACAUUUCCCAACUGAUUAUGGUUUGUGAUGUGCAUUGCUCUGCUGAAAACAAGGUCCAUGGAACUGAAAUGGACUGGUAUGGCAUCCUUAAAGUCGAGCCAACAGCUGACGAUUUACUCAUAAGAAAGCAAUCCAGAAAGUUUGGUCUUUUUCUUCAUCCUCACAAGAACAAGUGUCCCGGAGCUGCAGAUGCUUUUAAUUUAAUUGGUGAAGCUCAAAGUGUGCUUCUGGACCAAGAAAAAAGGUGGAUUCAUGAUAUGAAAUGCAUUUCUGGUGCAGUAAAUGACGAUCCUAGACAAGCAAAUGGGCCUUACAAUGUCCAACGACCACCAGGCCAUGAGAGAAGUUAUGUGAACGCAAAUAAAGAAUUCCAGCAGGCAACUCAGACUGCCCAAACAGGAUUUAGUUUUAGUCGACCAACUUUUUGGACUGCAUGGCCAUUUUGUUCUAUAUGUUGCCAGUGUAACAGAGACGUGCUCAACCAAAGUAUCAGAUGUCAAACUUGUGGAAAGUCAUUUAUUGGUAAUGAUAUCUGUAAUCCAGGAGAAGCAUCACAUAAUAGUUGGAAUCUGUUGGCAGUUACCAAACAAACAGGGGAUCACAAUCAAGCUCCUUCUAAAGUGGAUCAGCAAAGUAAUGUUAAAAACUUCAAAAGAUUAAAAGUAGGUGAGAAUAUAUGGUCUUCUGAGGCGCCACAAGGAUAUAAACCCAAUGAAAGAUGUGGGGAUGUUUCUACACAUUGUAACCAAAAGAGCAAAGUUGAAAUACCUCAACUAUGUGAAAACAUGAACAGGAAGAAGAGGAAGCAAGUUUCUGAAUCCAUUAGAUGUUGCAAUAGCGAAUCUAGUACCAAAUCCAAAGAAUUAUUUGCUAAGGGUGGUGGGUCUAAUAGCGAGCCUUUCGCGUCAAGAGCAACUCGGUCAGAAAGGGACUUGUCUUUGAAGAACAAUACUAAUGAUGAUGUUAACGCUGUAGAACCUGCCCAAGGAAACAAUUACCAGGAUUCUUUCCAAUCUACUAGAGUGGCUGUUAAAGAUUUACCACCACAACAAGUGCUUCCUGUGUUGGACUACAACAAAGAAGAGGCACUCAGGGCCAAAGGAAUAGCAGAGAUGAAGAUGGAAAACAAGGGGCUGCAAAAUACAGGCAAUAAUAUUCAAAUAGAGCACGACAAACCAUCUGAAGAAAAUAGUUCUGUGAAUGCAAAUAGACAUUUCCAUCUGAGGUCAGCGAUGGAGCGGACCAAAGAAGUGGCCUUUAAUGCCAAAGCAUGGGCUGAGAAGAAGAUGGAGAAGAAGGAGUUUUUGGGGGCUCGGAAUUUCGCAACCAAGGCCCAGAAUCUCUAUCCUGAAUUGGAGAACAUUUCCCAGUUAAUUAUGGUUUGUGACGUGCAUUGCUCUGCUGAAAAUAAGAUCUCUGGAACUGAAAUGGAUUGGUAUGGCAUCCUCAAACUUGAGCCAACAGCUGAUGAUGUACUAAUAAAGAAGCAAUUUAGAAAGUUUGCUCUUUAUCUUCAUCCAGAUGAAAACCAGUUCGCCGGAGCUGCAGACGCCUUUAAGUUAAUUGGUGAAGCUCACAGGGUGCUUCUGGACCCACUAAAAAGGAAGAUGCAUGAUGUGAAACGUAAAUCUGCUCUAGUAAAUGGGUCUUCAAAGACAACAAAUAGGCCUUUCAGUGACCAGAGAGCACCGCAGCAUGAAAAUAGUUCUGUGAAUGCAAAUAGACCAUUCCAGCAGGCACCACAGACUGCCCGAACAGGAUCCAGCGGUGAAGCCAGCACAAAAUCUAAAGAAGAUGUAGCUAUUGAGGGUGGUGAGGAUUAUUGCAAGCUAGGCUCAAGCUCAAGCAGGUUGAGAAGUGAUGUUUCUUACUCUGGAGAAGCAGUUGAAGAUUUAUUGAAAACACAAGAGCCUUCUGGUAUGAAUAAAUCGAGAGGCCAUGAUGCUCAUAUGGAAGAGAAUGGCGAAGAGGCUAUAAUGAAAAAGCAUUGCUUUUCUAAAGAGGUGUUGCCUAAUAAAAGCAAUAAAACUGAAAAGAAUAGUGAGAACGGUGCACCAUCAGAAGAGGCUAAAACAGAACCAGAAACCUUUGAAUAUCCUGAUCCAGAUUUCAGCGACUUUGACAAAAAUAGGGAGGAAAAAAGAUUUGCCGCUGGGCAGAUCUGGGCAGUCUAUGACACCCUGGAUACAUUGCCUCGAUUUUAUACUCAGAUUGUGAAAGUACUUCGUCCCAACUUUAAGCUUCGGAUAAUCUGGCUGGAGCCAGACCUAGAUGAUAAUGAUGAAAUUAAAUGGGCAGAAGAGGGUUUACCAAUUGCAUGUGGUAAAUUUAGACCGGGGAGUAUUGAAAACACUGAAAAUCAUCUGAUGUUUUCACAUGUGGUUAGCUGGGACAAAGGCAUCAGAAGAAAUACUUUCAAGAUAUAUCCAAAAAAGGGUGACACCUGGGCCCUCUUCAAGAGCUGGAAUAUUAAUUGGUCUUCGGAUCCAGAAAGUCACAGGAAAUACGAAUACGAGUUUGUUGAAGUCUUGUCUAACUAUGCCAAUGGAACUGCUAUUUCUGUUGCGUACUUGGGUAAGGUAAAGGGUUAUGUUUGUCUAUUUUGUCGAGCAAAACAGGAAGGAGUUGACACAUUUGAGAUAGAGCCAACAGAGUUAUUCAGAUUUUCUCACAAAAUCCCAUCUUUCCGAAUAACUGGGAAAGAUAGAAAAGGCAUCCCUCUAGAAUUUUUUGAACUUGACCCUGCAGGUCUGCCUAUCGAUCUUUUGGAUGAAUACGAGAUGUUGCAAUCUAAUGCCAUUGAAUACAAGUUUGAUAAUCUCACUGAAGAUGCUGGUGUUGCAUCAGAUAUCUCGGAGGAAGGUUACGAAAUUCCUGACCCUGAAUUUUAUAAUUUCGACAGCAACAAAUCCCUUGAGAAAUUUGAGAUUGGUCAGGUCUGGGCUUUGUACAGUGAUGUGGAUGGAUUGCCAAAGUACUAUUGUUGUAUAAAGAAAAUUGAUCGAUUGCCAAAGUAUAAAUUGCAUGUGGCGUGGCUCGAUGUUUGUUCAACAUCUAAUGACAUAAUUCAGUGGAAUGACAAAAAGAUUCCCGUCACCUGUGGGAGAUUUCAGCUUAGAAAGUUUGAACGGAUUCAAUAUGCCAGCACUGCUUCCUUUUCCCAUCAGGUUAGAGUAAGAGUAGAAACAAGAGGUAAGAAAGAAGAAUAUGUCAUCCUUCCUAGGAAAGGAGAGAUUUGGGCAUUAUAUAAGAGUUGGGAUGUCAGGAUGAAAUGUUCUGACUUAGAAAACUGUGAGUACGACAUAGUAGAAGUCGUUGAGGUAACUCAGUCGGGUAUAUCUGUUUUGUCUUUAGAGGAAGUUAAAGGAUUUGUAUCCGUCUUCAGGACACAAGUCAAGGAGCAAUUACCAGUAACAUUCACGAUACCUGCCAAUGAGUUGCUUAGAUUCUCCCAUCAGACUCCCGCAUUCAGGCUGAAUGGGGAGAGGGGUGGCAGCCUGAAAGGUUAUUUGGAGCUUGAUCCAGACGCACUUCCUAUUCACUGGUUUCGUAAAGAUUGAGGUAGCAAAAUGAUAAAAUGUUUUUUUUCCCUUUCUUACGUUAAUAUUUUUGAAUAUCAUUGCCUUGGAAUCACAUGCAUGGCUGGCUGAUGGCUGAUGGCUGAUGGAUUUUAAAUGGAGGGUAGUAGUUCUUUUUGUAGCAACUUAUAUGCUUUUGCCAAUCAGUAUAUCUAUUUACUUGAUCAAUUUUCUUAAUUGUAUCGUUUAUGGAUUGACCUUUGUGUAUGAUUUUUAGGUAUGGAUAUAUUUUCUCGAAAUAUUAUAGAAUCUCACUGGAUGACCAUUUAUUUGGGGACAUGUGUCUAACCCCUAUCUAGUAU